AGCCCCUCAGAACGCAUGCGCAGUUGGGACAAAGUCAAGAAAAUGGCGGGAGCUGAAAAUGGAGAAAUCGCAGACGCCGCCUCGGACCGGCCCGAAACUCCCAACUCUGAGUCCCAGCUGAGCGGGGAUGGAGACAAACCGGAGCGGCUGAGUAAGCUGCCUCUCACCAGGAUCAAGGCCAUGAUGAAAAUGGAUCCUGACGUCACAUUGGCCAGCCAGGAGUCCGUCUUGUUGAUAUCGAAAGCGACGGAAUUAUUCAUAGAGUCACUGGCCAAGGAAGCAUAUGUACACGCCAGGCAGGGAAAGAGGAAGACACUUCAGAAGAAAGACAUAGAUAAUUCCAUAGAAGAACUGGACUCCUUUGCUUUCUUGGAAGGGACAUUGGAUUGAUGGGACACUACUUGAUCAACAAUCUAAUGGGGAAAUGUAUAACAACUUAACAAGGAAGGAGUUUCACACAAACUCUUAAUCUGGGAUGGAAUAUCAAGGACUCUCACUGAGACUGUAUAUGCUACACCAUUUGUUCAAACAGAAUUUACAUCGAUGAACUUUCCUCUACCUACUUUGAUAACAAAGUCAAUGGGUCAAGUUUGUAAGGAUAAUGUAACAAGAAAGGCUUUGUUCUAUGGAAAGGACUAGGAUCCAAAUGAUCAAGAUUAUUUUCAAGUUGUUUCCACAAAAAACUAUUCUGUUACACUUCAUGUAAUGACUUCAACCAGUGUAAAUAAAGGAAGUCAAAGACUUGU